GGCACCUGAGGCCAGGGUUGAAGGGUCACCUGCAAGAGGGCAGACGGCAGGAGGGCCCCUCUCACCUGUGGGCUCGUUCCCCCGCAGGCUGGUGCACCAUGUCGGUCAGCGUCCAUGAGACCCGCAAGUCGCGGAGCAGCACGGGGUCCAUGAACGUCACCCUCUUCCACAAGGCCUCCCACCCAGACUGCGUGCUGGCCCACCUCAACACACUGCGCAAGCACUGCAUGUUCACGGACGUCACGCUCUGGGCAGGCGACCGGGCCUUCCCCUGCCACCGUGCUGUGCUGGCCGCCUCCAGCCGCUACUUCGAGGCCAUGUUCAGCCACGGCCUGCGGGAGAGCCGGGACGAUACGGUCAACUUCCAGGACAACCUGCACCCCGAGGUGCUGGAGCUGCUGCUGGACUUCGCCUACUCCUCGCGCAUCGCCAUCAACGAGGAGAACGCCGAGUCGCUGCUGGAGGCAGGCGACAUGCUGCAGUUCCACGACGUGCGGGACGCCGCCGCCGAGUUCCUGGAGAAGAACCUCUUCCCCUCCAACUGCCUGGGCAUGAUGCUCCUCUCGGACGCCCACCAGUGCCGCCGGCUCUACGAGUUCUCCUGGCGCAUGUGCCUGGUGCACUUUGAGACGGUGCGGCAGAGCGAGGACUUCAACAGCCUGUCCAAGGACACGCUGCUGGACCUCAUCUCGAGCGACGAGCUGGAGACUGAGGACGAGCGAGUGGUCUUCGAAGCCAUCCUCCAGUGGGUGAAGCACGACCUCGAGCAGCGGAAGACCCACCUGCCCGAGCUCCUGCGCAGUGUGCGGCUGGCCCUGCUGCCGUCCGACUGCCUGCAGGAGGCCGUCUCCGGCGAGGCCCUCCUCAUGGCUGACGAGCGCACCAAGCUCAUCAUAGACGAGGCCCUGCGCUGCAAGACCAGGAUCCUGCAGAACGACGGGGUGGUCACCAGCCCCUGCGCCCGGCCACGCAAGGCGGGCCACACGCUCCUCAUCCUGGGGGGUCAGACCUUCAUGUGCGACAAGAUCUACCAGGUGGACCACAAGGCCAAAGAGAUCAUCCCCAAGGCAGACCUGCCCAGCCCCCGGAAGGAGUUCAGCGCCUCGGCAAUCGGCUGCAAGGUCUACGUGACCGGGGGCAGGGGCUCCGAGAAUGGGGUCUCCAAGGACGUGUGGGUGUACGACACCGUGCACGAGGAGUGGUCCAAGGCGGCGCCCAUGCUGAUCGCCCGCUUUGGCCACGGGUCAGCCGAGCUGGAAAACUGCCUCUAUGUGGUGGGAGGACACACGUCCCUGGCGGGUGUCUUCCCGGCCUCACCUUCUGUCUCCCUGAAGCAAGUGGAGAAGUACGACCCCGGGGCCAACAAGUGGACGAUGGUGGCCCCAUUGAGGGAUGGUGUCAGCAAUGCCGCAGUGGUGAGUGCCAAGCUGAAGCUCUUUGUUUUCGGAGGGACCAGCAUCCACAGGGACAUGGUGUCCAAAGUCCAGUGCUACGACCCCUUGGAGAACCGGUGGACGAUCAAGGCUGAGUGUCCCCAGCCUUGGCGAUACACGGCCGCCGCCGUCCUAGGCAGCCAGAUCUUCAUCAUGGGAGGUGACACGGAAUUCACGGCUGCCUCGGCCUACCGCUUCGACUGCGAGACCAACCAAUGGACGCGGAUCGGGGACAUGACCGCCAAGCGCAUGUCCUGCCACGCCCUGGCUUCUGGCAACAAACUCUACGUGGUCGGGGGCUACUUUGGGACCCAGAGAUGUAAGACCCUGGACUGCUAUGACCCCACUUCGGACACGUGGAGCUGCGUCACCACAGUGCCCUACUCGCUCAUCCCCACGGCCUUUGUCAGCACCUGGAAGCACCUGCCCGCGUGAAGAGCACCUGCAGAGCCCAGCCAGACCGCGUGUUUGUCCCCUCCCCACGGCUGCAGCCCUCACUGUCACAGCGUGAGCUCACCAGCCCCGGGCCAGCAUCUGAGGGGCUGCAGGGGCUCGGCCGCUGUGGGAGCAGCAGCCUCGGCCGUUCUGAGCUUCAGGCAAGAAGAGAAGCAUCGCCCGAGUCUCGUGUGCCCCCGGAGGCCUCUUUAGCUUCGCAGUGGUGUGGGGGAGGAGAGGCCCUUCCAGAGGGGCAUGGGCUGCCACCAGGACUGCCCCCCGGUCUCAGAGAGACGGACCCAGCUGCAGAGCCUUGAGGUCACCCGUGUGAACACGUCCUGGACUGGGGCCGGGUCAGCAGGGGCCGGAGGGUCCUGGGAGUGGGAGCAGCACUGGGUGGGCCUCAGUGCCCCAGCGCUGCCCGCACAGCCUUGCACGCCAGGGCUGCCCUGCCAGCCUUCGACGUCGUGCCAUAGGUGGCAUUCCAGACACAGGGAAGCAGGGUUCACCGGGACUGAGCAGAAAGUUGCCAAGAAGAAAACCCAGAACAGAUUUUAUAAGGGGCAAAAACGCCACCGGGUGACCACAGUGACAUCCACAAGGCCUUAUUAACAAAUAGCACCCAAACCCCCAAGGUCAAAGAGGAGAUCUCCUGGGGGCCCCUCCCCAAAGCCCCAAGUCCCAGCCCAUCGACCAGGGUGGUGCAGCUGGGCACCCACUCACGGGGGAGGCUGGGCUCAUGCGGCAGGCUCAAGGUCCCAGGGUGACCUGGGGGGCCGCCCCUACCUCCCCUCCUCAGAGCCCACCCCAGAGGCAGUGACGACCUCCGCCCCUGUCAACAGCACAGGAGACCACACCUGCCCACAGAUGUGGCCCUACCCUCCCAGAUGGGGAGCAGCUAUGAGCUGGGGGCCACACAGGGACCCUGGGGCACCCCUGCAGCUCCCUCAGGGCUGCGGCCAUCUCCGCGUGGAGGACAGUGAUGAGUCCCCAGCCAGCACUCGCCAUCCUCCGCCGUCUUGGCCUUCCUCCUGGUGACACGGAUCUGUCCCCUCUUUGCUCCCUGAGCUCAAAACUAAGAAUGGUCCCAAGAGAACUGCCAAACAUUUGUUCAUUGCUGUCACUUCCUAAGUCACUGGGGUCCCUCAUCUGUCCCCAGCAUCUGGGUUGUGGGGGAGGUUAGCUCCUGCCAGUGGCCACCCCAAACUCCCUCGCUCACCGCAGGCCACCCUUUUGAGGGUGAGGGGACCUCUCAGGGCCUUGGGGAGGGGCUGGGCUGGGUGCCCAAACCUGGGGCUUCCCGGCCGCCCGCCAUGUGCACACACUGCUUGGCUGGCUCAGGAUUAGGGCUCCAGACUGGGCUACACUGUCGAUAAAAGAUUUGGGGCCACAUUACAAACCAGCUGUUUGAGCAGCCCUGAGUGUGCUCCCACCUCAGCACCAGCACUGGUCCUGUGGGCCGCUUUGGGGAGCGGGACCUCUGGGCAGGGUUUGCCCGUCGAUGCGCUCCAGCCGUGGGGCGCGGGCCACGCGUGGCUGAGAGCGGAAGCUGCGUCCCGGGGCUCCUCGGAUCCCGCAGAGACCCCAAAGGCCGGCCUCCUUUGCUUGUGGGAUCCAUCUCAGCUGCCUAAAGACACUUGGCUCUGGCCCCCGGGCCACGGCUCUGCCGGGGACCUUGGGAGCCCCUGGCCCCUGGGGCUGGUGGAGGAAGCCGCGGGCCAGCGGGGAGGGCCCUUGCCGUAAAGCAUACUUCUUCUCUCAGCACAGAGGACCUAGCCAUGGUGCUUUCCCCGAAAGUUGUGUUGCUUUUAUUGGUUUUCUAACUUAAUAAAAAGAG